AUGGGUAGAUCAGCACCAAAAAAAACAUUACAACCAUCACUUGAUUUUAAAGUGAAAAAGAAGAAAUUGGGUAAGAAACCACCACCAAACCCAAAUAUUACAGUUACAACUUUUAAAUCUAAAGCAUUAAAUAUGCCAGGUCAAAAUAUAGUUGAAGAAAAAGAUGAUUUAGUUAAUCAUCGUAAUUUAACAUUAAAGGAUUUAUUAACAAAAUUAAAUCAUUAUAAUGAUCAAGUUAAAAAGGAUGCAGUUACAGGUAUACGUGAUUUAAUAUUAAAACAUCCAAGUGUAUUAUUCGUUCAUUUAGGUGCAAUUAUGAAUAAAUUAGUAGAGGUAAUCAAUGAUUUAGAUAAAGAUGUUAGACAUUGUACCCAUACUUUAAUAUCAACAAUUUUACCAAUGCUUGACGAAAUAUCAAUUUCACCAUUCAUACCAUUGUUUUCAGUUUACAUUAAUUCCGGUAUGACACAUUUAAAGACAACCAUCCGUUUAGAUUCAUUACGUUUAUUGGAUAUUUUCAUUGAUCAUUAUCCAAAUUUAGUAUCACGUAGUUGUCAUCAAAUGAUUCCAAAUUAUAUUGACCUUUUGAAAAGAGUAUCUGGUGCAGCCACCGUUGCAACCAUUUCAACUUCAACUUCAUCCUCUGCAAAUGUUCCAAUUUCAGCAUCAGUACCAGUAUCUCAACAAAAGAACAAAUCAUCAACUGCUUCAUCAACUCCAAAAGCAAAUUCAUUACAUACUAGAGUUAUGAUUUUAAAAAGUCUUUUUAAAUUAAUUAAAGUUUUAUUACAUGAACCAGAUUUAUCAUUCUCUUCAUUAUUAAAUAAAAUUCAUAAACAAAGAGAAAAUACUCAAAUUAUUGAUGGAAAGAUGGCAAUUGAUUGUAGUUUAACCUAUCAAGCUUAUAAUGAUAGAAAAGUUUUUCCAGAUUUAUUUAGUAAAUAUUUAGUUAAAAAUAAUGAACAACAACAAUUAAAUAGUGAUGGUACAGUUAAAUCAUUAUUUCCAACAAUUUUAGAGACAUCAGAAGAAGUUAAACAAUUUUCAAGUACAUUAUUACCAAUUUUAAUUGAUUUAUGGUUAGAGUUGGGACCAUCAAAUCCAGGUAUUUCAUUCCAAGUUUUAGAGGAUUUAGAAUUGGUAGUUUCAAUUAUUCAACUUUUAGUUCACUGUUUAAAAGAAAACUUUUCAACCACUGAUUUCUAUGAACAAUUAAGAAAGGAUUAUAUUAAAUUCUUUUCAGUUCAUUUUCCAUUUUAUGUUGGUUCACCAAGUAAUCCAGAUUCAAAAGAAUGGAUUAUAAGUUGUUCAAUCAAUUCAUUGAUGACUCAAACAGCUUCACACUUUUUAGGUUAUUCACCAUCGAUUUCAAAUGUUGAUCAAACUAUUAAUGGUUGGUAUCAACCAUUCUUUGAAUUUAUUGAAGAUGCAUUGAAUGGUAAAUUAAUUGAUGAAAAAGUUGAGGCUACAAAAGGCCAAUCUAUUAAAACUCACAUUUCAAAUCUUUUAUGGAUAGUUAAAAUUAUCUUACCAAUUUUAUCAUCAACUCAAAGUGAAUCCAUUUUAAAUUCUUUCAUUAGUUUUGAUGAAAAAUGUCAUCCACAUAGUACUUCAAAGAAAGCUUGUGUUUUCUUUAUUAAGGAAUUAAUUGAUAUUCAAUCAAAUCCAUUAUUAUCAAAUGUUAAAUCUUUUAAAAAUAUAAUUGAAUGGGGUUUAACUUCUUUACCAAAAUUAUUAUGGAAAUUGGGUAAUUCUGAUAAUGAUACAUCAUUGAUGAUUUUAAAUAUUUUAUUAUCAGUUGGUAGAGAUAAGAGUAAAAUUAAACAAUAUGAUUCAAUUCAAAAUGCAUUAGUACCAUUCUUUUUUACAAUUUCAAAACCAACACCACAAUUUCCAAAUGGUAAACAAAUUUAUGGUCCAUUCUCAAGUUUACCAUUGAAUAUUCAAUUUUUAGCUUUAAAUACUUUAUAUUAUUUCUCAAGUUUAAACAAAAUUAUGAUUAGAUCUUUAAUUGCAAUUUGUAGAUCAAAUAAAUCAUCACCAGAAAUUAUUUCAAUUGUUUUAGAUUUAAUUCAUAAUUUAUAUUUAGUUGGUACAUUAUCAUUAUCACAUUAUACAGCAUUUUGUAUUGCAAUUACUUUAUCAAUUACAUCAAAAGAAAUUGAGGAUAAUACUAAUAAUGUAAUAAUGAUUGAUGAAGAGAAAAUUCAAGAACAAGAAAAAAUUAUAAAGAAAUUAUGUUGGAAUAUAAAUUCAUUAAGAUUAUCAAAUUCAAUUGAAAAUAUUUUAGAACCAAUGACAGAACCAUUUAUAAGUGAAUUAAAAAAGAUUUCAACAAAUUUCCAAGAUAAUAAUAAUGAAAAUUCAGGUGAUUCUUUAAAUUAUAUUUUAUCUUUAAUUUUAUCAUGUUUUACUGAUAAAAAUGAUUAUAAUAAUGAAAUUAGAGAAAAAGAAUUCAAAUCAUUAUCAAAUGAAUUAAUAAUAACAAUUACAAAUAGUAUUUUUAUUUAUAUUUUCCAAUCAAUUAAAUUUAUAAAUUCAACAUCAACAAAAAUUUAUGACUUAAAUAUCAUUUUAAAAAUUAUUCAAUUGGAUAAUUCAAAUCAAAUAUUAAUUAAUAUUUUAAAUUUAAUUUCAAGUAAAUUAAAUGUUGGUAAUAAUCAAGUUGAAAAAAAUAAUAAUAAUCAAUAUUCAAUUUUAUCACUUAUCGAGUUAUUUAAAUCAAAAGAAUUAUAUGAAAUAUUCCAAUUGUCAAAUGUUAAAUCAAUCGUUGGUUCAAUUGUAAAAAAAGUUGAAAAAUCAGUUUCCACUCAACUUUCCACUGAGAAACAAUUACUUGAAAAAUUAUUAUCUGAAGUAAAAUUAUUAUUUAAUGAAUAA